GAGAAACUGAAGCUGCUAUAUACUCAUAAAAAAUCCAUAAAUCCGACAUCUACCAGCUGUCCUCUUGGCUUCUUUUGGUGGCAGUGAAAGAACAUCAGGUGUCUCUACCUCCAAGGUUUCUGGAAAUUUACCCAUGCUGAUCGGCCUGGAUUCUUCAGUAAUCAUAACAUUGAGAUUAAGAAGCCCGAACGACCUGCCCAACAAGAUUUACAAUCGAAUUUCAAGCAUCAGUUUGGAUUGUCCUUAGUACAAACAGUUUCUGAAAACAAUGACUCGCAACUGAGCAGUAGGUCACAAUUUACAACAUCCAGUCACUUUUCAGAACCAUAUUUUGCUGAGGAAGGCCCACAGCGAAAGUUGAUGCAAAAUGACCAAAUGCGAUCAAGAUUUCAGUAUAAGGACCAGAAUGAGGUACAGUUAAUUCAGAAUAGCCAAAUUCCUCCUCAAUAUGAUUACAUGGCUUUACAAAGGCAACAAGAGAUUCACUUGGGCCACCAGACACUGCCAGCUAAAUACUUCGCAUCUCAGGCCCCACACAUUACUUAUCUGUCACUUUGGCCUCGUCAAACGUUCGGAGAAGAGAGUCUGCUAAGAAAUAUCAGGCCACAACGUCAGCAGAAAGACCCCUAUGAUGUACAUUCUCAACAGAAUGACUUCUUUGAUUUACAGACCCAGGAGUCAGCAUCAUCAUAUCUGUUGAAGACCAUCGAUGGUCUCGAGACAGACCACAGACGAAGAAUUGGUCUUACCUUAGACUUAACCAGGCCACACAGUGAACGUAAUACUCAGCAGACACAACAGAAUGACUUCACAGGAAAGCAAAAGUUCAGUCAUACAGAAUUGCAUAACAAAUUCAAGAGAGACAGCCAACAUGCCCAAAUACAACAGGAAAAUUUAUUUUCAAAUGAUCAGAUUCUUCAACAGAAGUCAACGAAUAGCGAUCAAGACUCUCAUCAAAACCAACAGUUUCAACAUGUCAUGAAUAACCAUCAGCUUUCACAUGGAAUUUUACUAAGAGACAAUCAAUUUCAACAACAAACUGCAUUCAGCAACAACCAAUUUCAUCAAGAGGUCCAAUCAAAUAACCAUUCUCAGCAAAGGCAACUGCCUGAUGACAGCCGGUUUCAACAUGAUACUUUGGUAAAUAAUCAAUUUCAGCAACAAAAUCUCUUCAACAAUGAUUAUUUUCAGCAAGAAAUUCUCCCAUAUAAUGAGUCUCAUCAAAAUCGUUUCAAAAACAAUCAGUUGCAGCAAGAAACCCUGCUAGCUCAAAAGUUUCAGGAAGAAACCCAACCCAACAAACAUAUUUUGAAUCUUCAGCAAGAACAGAUAGAACAUCAAACUCACCAUAAUGAAACCUUUGAAACUAGCGUCAUAAUUUCUAGAGAUCAAAUUAAUAAUUCGUUUCGAGUACAUAAUCACCCAUUCACAUCGACAGCCCAACAGAACGGACAAUUGGAAUCGGCUGUUCAUUUCCAUAGGCAGUCUGAACGAAAUAUUCAUCAAAGCACUCAAUCACAUCCUCAUAAUCUUCAGAGUGAAUUAAGAGAAAGAAAUCCUCAAAACACACAAUUCAAUCCACUCGUUAUAAACAGUAGAUUAACAGAACAACAAAAUAAUAUAAAUCCACAGAUCCAACAUGGCAUCAUCAUUUCUCAAAACCAAGUGACUAAUUCUUCCAAAGUACAAAAGGCAACACAUAGCUCUCACUUUACAACAGCACAGCAAAUUGAACAGCUGGAAUCACUUAUCCUUCCAAAUGGACAAUCAGAAAAUUCUCAAAUCAAACAGUCAGAAGUGCAGAUACCACAGACUUUACAACCCGGAUGGCAAAUUCUCCUAACAGGACAAGCAGAACCAGGCCGCCUUGAAAACACCCAAUCAGAUGAACAAACUCAGAGCAGAGGUUUCAGAGAACAAAGAAAUGCCCAACAACUGAAGCCAGAUUUUCACAUCCAAGUAGGCGAAACAAGCCAAAGUCAUCCUCAACACAUACAAUCAGAUCUUAUCCUCGCAGUUGACUUAGCAAAGAAAAGGCCUCGCGUCACAAAAUCCAAUCCACUUACACAAGGAAGUGGAUUAAGGGAACAAAGCAACCCCCAAACUGCUAUCUCCAAUUCACAAAGUGAACAUUUCACACCGCAGAAUUUGCAUAUUGACUUUGAACCUUUCUCAUUAUCUAUUACCACUGGACAUCAGAAUGAAGAAAAUAAAUUUCUCAACAACUUCGAUUUACAAAGCAUGGAGAGGAUUCACUCUGAAAAUACAGAUCUGCUGAGGAAUCACCAUUCUGUCUCUGCUAAUGGUGGUGCCAUUACCUUGCACUCCGAUCAACCAAAUUUUGAGGUGAGUACUGUUAAACCCCCCAAUUGGACUAAUGAACAGACAAAAUCACAAAGCUUUGGGAAUACUGGGCUCCAGGCGCAAAAUCCUCAGGGUAAUUUCGAGUCUCAAGAUCAUUUUGAAGUACAUACUUCUCAACAAAAUAUUGAAUCACAGAAUAUUCAGAACAAAUUAGAUUUUCGGAAUCCAAAUAAUCUUUUUCGAAAUCAGACUGACACAGAAAACUUAAAUCCACAGAAACAAAAUAGUUCUGGUUUUCAAAUUCAAAACAAUGAGUCACUUAAUCACAAUCACUUUGAUUCUCAAAAUCAGAAUCACUUUAAUUCUCAAAAUCAGAAUCCCUUUAAUUCUCAAAAUCAGAAUCCCUUUAAUUCUCAAAAUCAGAAUCACUUUAAUUCUCAAAAUCAGAAUCACAACUUUCAAAUUCAAAACUUCAAUUUGCAUGUGCAAAAUCAAAAUCAGAAUAAUUUCGAGGAUCAAAAUCAAAACAAUUUACAGCUUCAAAAUCAAAAAGAGAAUCUUAGACAAAUGAAUAGUGAAAACAACUUACACAGUCAAGAAACUAAUCAGAGCAAUUCUGAAAUUCACAUUCAAAAUCAGACUCAAAAUCAUAAUAUCUUUCAACGUCAAAAUGAGAAUAGGACCGAUUUCCACACUCAGAGCCAAAAUCAAAAUAACUUCCAAAGUGACAUCUUCCACAAUACUCAAACCACCAGAAGUAAAAGUCAAAAUCAGAAUGCCCUUUUGAAUCAAAAUGAAUUCGUAAAUAAAGAUCAGAAUGUGUUCCUAAGUCAAAAUCACGACAAGAAUGAAUUCCAAGCCGACAAUCAAAAUCUGAAUAACGCCAAACUUCCAAUUCGACCACAAAUUAACUUCCCAGACCUAAACAGAAAUUGGGAUAACGUUCAAUUUCAAAAUCUGAAUAACGCCAAACUUCCAAUUCGACCACAAAAUAACUUCCAGUCUCAUCAUGAAAAUCAGAGUAACUUCGUGAAUCUAAACAGAAAUCAUGAUAACUCUCACGCUCAAAUUCAAAACCAUAGCAACUUACAAACUCAAACCCUAAAUCAAAAUAUUUUUUCUCAAAAUCAAAAUAACUUUCAGAAUCAAAAACAAAAUUUCAAUUUCGUCAACUCUCAACUUCACAGUCAGAAAAAUGUGACUCGAAAUCAAAACCAUAACAACUUCCCAAAUCAACAGGAAAGUGACUUCCUGAAUCCAAACCAGAAUCAGAAUAACUUCCAGCCUCAAACUCAAAAUGACUUCCUAACUCAAAGGCAGGAUCAGACUAACUUCCAAUUUGAAACGCAAAAUCAGAAUAACUUCCAAUUUGAAACGCAAAAUCAGAAUAACUUCCAAUUUGAAACGCAAAAUCAGAAUAGUUUUGCAAAUCAGAAUCAUAAUGACUUCCAAUUCCAAACUCAAGAUCAAAAUAACUUCCUAAAUCAAAAUAGCUUCCAAUCUGAACCUCAAAAUCAGAAAUUUGUAGAUCAAAGCCAGGAUCAAAAUAGUUUUCAAUCUCAAACCCCAAAUCCAAGCCAGAAUCAGAUGAACGUCCAAUUUCGAAGUCAAACUCAGGACAAAUUUCCGAGUUUAAACCAGGCGAAGAACAAUUCCCAGUUUCCACCUCAAAAUCGGAAUAACUUUAUAAAUCAAGACCAUAGUCGGAAAAACCUCCAAUUUCAAACUCAAAGUCUGAGUAACUCUGGAAAUCAAAACGAGAAUGAAAAUAAAUUCAAAUCUGAAGUUCAAAACCAGGAAAGAUUUGCAAGUCAAAACCAGGAUCAGAAUAGCGUGCAGUUUCAAACUCAAAAUCCAGACAACUUUCUAAAUCCAAACUAUCAGAAUAACUUCCAGUCUCAAAUUCAAAAUGGCUUUCUAAAUCGCGCCCAAAAUCAAAAUCAGGAUCGCAGUAACUCUCAGCCUCCUACCCAAGAUUGGAAUCAUUUCCUAAAUCAAAGCCAGAAUCAAGACUUCCAACUUCAAUAUCAAAAUAGGAACUUUCAAAAUCAAAACCGAGAUCAGAAUAACUUUCUAAGCCAAAUCCAAAAUCACAACUCCCACUCUCUAAAUCAACAUCGAAAUAACUUUCUAAAUCAAAACCAAGAUCAGAAUAACUCCCAAUUUCUUAUUCAAAAUCAGAAUAACUUUCUAAAUCAAAACCAAGAUCAGAAUAACUUUCUAAACCAAAACCAAGAUCAGAAUAACUCUCAAUUUCCUAUUCAAAAUCAGAAUAACUUUCUAAAUCAAAACCAAGAUCAGAAUAACACCCAAUUUCCUAUUCAAAAUCAGAAUAACUUUCUAAAUCAAAACCAAGAUCAGAAUAACUUUCUAAAUCAAAACCAAGAUCAGAAUAACUUUCUAAAUCAAAACCAAGAUCAGAAUAACUACCAAUUUCCUAUUCAAAAUCAGAAUAACUUUCUAAAUCAAAACCAAGAUCAGAAUAACACCCAAUUUCCUAUUCAAAAUCAGAAUAACUUUCUAAAUCAAAACCAAAAUCAGAAUAACUUUCUCAAUCAAAACCAAGAUCAGAAUAACUUUUUAAAUCAAAACCAAGAUCAGAAUAUCUUUCUAAAUCAAAACCAAGAUCAGAAUAACUUUCUAAAUCAAAACCAAAAUCAGAAUAACUUUCUAAAUCAAAACCAAAAUCAGAAUAACUUUUUAAAUCAAAACCAAGAUCAGAAUAACUUUCUAAGCCAAAUCCAAAAUCAUAACUCCCACUCUCUAAAUCAACAUCGAAAUAACUUUCUAAAUCAAAACCAAGAUCAGAAUAACUCCCAAUUUCCUAUUCAAAAUCAGAAUAACUUUCUAAAUCAAAACCAAGAUCAGAAUAACUUUCUAAACCAAAACCAAGAUCAGAAUAACUCUCAAUUUCCUAUUCAAAAUCAGAAUAACUUUCUAAAUCAAAACCAAGAUCAGAAUAACUUUCUAAAUCAAAACCAAAAUCAGAAUAACUUUCUAAAUCAAAACCAAGAUCAGAAUAACUCCCAAUUUUCUAUUCAAAAUCAGAAUAACUUUCUAAAUCAAAACCAAGAUCAGAAUAACUUUCUAAAUCAAAACCUAGAUCAGAAUAACUUUCUAAAUCAAAACCAAAAUCAGAAUAACUUUCUAAAUCAAAACCAAGAUCAGAAUAACUUUCUAAAUCAAAACCUAGAUCAGAAUAACUUUUUAAAUCAAAACCAAGAUCAGAAUAACUUUCUAAAUCAAAACCUAGAUCAGAAUAACUUUCUAAAUCAAAACCAAAAUCAGAAUAACUUUCUAAAUCAAAACCAAAAUCAGAAUAACUUUCUAAAUCAAAACCAAGAUCAGAAUAACUUUUUAAAUCAAAACCAAGAUCAGAAUAACUUUCUAAAUCAAAACCAAGAUCAGAAUAACUUUCUAAAUCAAAACCAAAAUCAGAAUAACUUUCUAAAUCAAAACCAAGAUCAGAAUAACUCCCAAUUUCCUAUUCAAAAUCAGAAUAACUUUCUAAAUCAAAACCAAAAUCAGAAUAACUUUCUAAAUCAAAACCAAGAUCAGAAUAACUUUCUAAAUCAAAACCAAGAUCAGAAUAACUUUCUAAAUCAAAACCAAAAUCAGAAUAACUUUCUAAAUCAAAACCAAGAUCAGAAUAACUCCCAAUUUUCUAUUAAAAAUCAGAAUAACUUUCUAAAUCAAAACCAAGAUCAGAAUAACUACCAAUUUCCUAUUCAAAAUCAGAAUAACUUUCUAAAUCAAAACCAAAAUCAGAAUAACUUUCUAAAUCAAAACCAAAAUCAGAAUAACUUUCUAAAUCAAAACCAAGAUCAGAAUAACUCCCAAUUUUCUAUUCAAAAUCAGAAUAACUUUCUAAAUCAAAACCAAAAUCAGAAUAACUUUCUAAAUCAAAACCAAAAUCAGAAUAACUUUCUAAAUCAAAACCAAGAUCAGAAUAACUCCCAAUUUCCUAUUCAAAAUCAGAUUAACUUUCUAAAUCAGAACCGUGAUCAGCAAAACCAAUCUCAAAGCCAAAAUCAGACCACCUUCUCAAGUGAAAAUCUUGGAAAGGCGUUACUACAAACAUUCGGUCAACAGCACGAACCUUCAAGAAACAACGAAUCAAGUUUUCUAAACCAGAGUAGUGAUGAUUUCCAAAAGUCCAACGAAAGUGUGUUUCAAAAUCAACCAUUUCCCGGAGAAUCUAUUGCUGAAAAUCCCUUGGUUACCCGUGCUGUUCAGAUAUCGUCUGGUCAGAGUAGUAACGAAAGCAGUUCCUCUUCACAUAAUCAGAAUUCCUUCUUACAUAACGUUGAUGGCAUAUUUGAUUCGAUAAAUGUUCAGGGUAUUCUUCAUUUUGACACUAAAAACCCCCACUCAAAUCUUCAUUCCAUAAGUAGUCAAAGCAAUUUCAGUCCAUCAGAUAUUCAUAGUAAUACUGACUCAAAUAUUCAAAGUAAGUUCGACCCUACAGCUGUAACAAGUGAUUCAACUUCAAAAACUUUUCAAAAUAAUGUUGAUCCUACAGGUAUUCAUAGUUUUACGAAUACGCAGUUUCAUCAGAGUACUUUCCAACCAAUAAUUUCUAAUAUCGGCUCAAAUAUUUGGAGUGAUCCUACUCUGCAAAAUAUUCAAAACAAUUUAAAUUUUCGACAUAAUCGAAGUCAUUUCGAUUCACAAAAUAUUGUCAAUACCUUUAACUUACAAACUACUCAAAAUAAUUCCAGUUUACAAUAUAUUCAGAAUAAUUUAACCAUAAAUGUUCAAGGUUUGCAAAAUACUCAGAAUAUCCUACACCAAAAUGUACAAGAUAGUUUUGACGUACAGAAUAGUUCAAGUAAUUCCAGCUUGCAAAAUACUCAAAACAUUUCCUUCUCCCCUACUGUUAAAAGUAAUUUUGAUUCACAAAAUAUUCAAACAGUAAUACCGAGUUAUUUAGUCAUCAACAUCUCGGGAAAACUCUUCUAGAAUCUACAGAUCUCGGAGUUGUACAAUCAGAUUCACAAAAUAUCGAAAUAUUCAAUUUGGAAAAGGUAGUUAAUCAUGAAUCUAAGGAUCAGGAAAACAGAGAUUUCAGGUCACAAAAUCCUGAAGUUU